AUGGUCGUGGACGUCGCUCGUGCUGCUGGUGCUGGUGCUGCUGGAGGUGCUGCUGGUGCUGGAGGUGCUGCUGGGGCUUCUGGAGGUGCUGCUGGUGCUGGUGCUACUGGAGGUGCUGCUGGUGCUGGAGGUGCUGCUGGAGCUUCUGGAGGUGCUGCUGGUGCUGGUGGUGCUGGAGGUGCUGCUGGUGCUGCUGGAGGUGCUGCUGGGGCUUCUGGAGGUGCUGCUGGUGCUGGUGCUACUGGAGGUGCUGCUGGUGCUGGAGGUGCUGCUGGAGCUUCUGGAGGUGCUGCUGGUGCUGGUGGUGCUGGAGGUGCUGCUGGAGGUGCUGCUGCUGCUGGAGCUGCUGGAGGUGCUGCUGCUGCUGGAGCUGCUGGAGGUGCUGGAGGGGGGAGAGGUAGUUGGGGGGAGGGGAUCUGCAGUGCCCUGCUGCCCUGUGCGCCCCGCGCGCCCUGUGCGCCCUGCGCGCCCCGCGCGCCCUACUGCCCUGCUGCCCUGUGCGCCCUGCGCGCCCUGCAGCCCUGCGCGCCCCGCGCGCCCUACUGUCCUGCUGCCCUGCGCGCCCUGUGCGCCACGCGCGCCCUGCUGUCCUGCGUGCCCCGCGCGCCCUGCAGCCCUGUGCGCCCCGCGCGCCCUGCUGCCCUGCUGCCCUGUGCGCCCCGCGCGCCCUGCAGCCUUGCGCGCCCCGCGCGCCCUGCUGUCCUAUUGCCCUGCUCGCCCCACGCGCCCUGCAGCCCUGCGCGCCCGCGCGCCCUGCUUUCCUGCGCGCCCUCGCGCGCCUUGUAG